AUGCUCCCACCGGGUGGAGACGGGAAUGCAGGGGCAUUCCAAGAGGAUCUGAACAAUAUCCUCUGCUGCCCCGACUGUAAAGAGAUUCCGCCGAAUCUCAUCGAAGAGUUUUCGAGCGGUGACAUGGUGUGUCAGAGCUGCGGCGUUGUCGUCGGCACCCGCAUCAUCGACACCCGAUCUGAAUGGCGUACCUUUGCCAACGAUGACCACGGCGGUGAUGACCCGAGCCGAGUCGGUGGACCGCAGGACGAGUUCAUCGAGGGAGAACAGCUGGCCACCACCGUCGCCUUCUCCGAGUCCAAGGCUCACAAGGCGCUGUCGCGGACCCAGAACAAUGCCAAUCAGGACAAGGCACAGAAGGGACUCAUGCAGGCGUACAAGGAGAUCGUCUCGCUCUGCGAGGCCAUUAACAUGGGCCAAAACGUGUCCAACGCGGCCAAGCACAUCUUCAAGCUGGUGGACAAGUACAAGUUCAUGAAGGGCAAGCCGCAGGAGGCCGUCAUCGCCGGCUGCAUCUUCAUCGCGUGCCGCCAGAACAACGUGCCGCGGACUUUCCGAGAAAUCUUCAACUUGACUAGCGUCAGCAAGAAGGAGGUCGGAAGGGUCUUCAAGCAGCUGCAAAAGUUCCUCCAGAAGCUGCAGGACACCGAGGGAGAGGGCGCGACGGGCCUCAACACCGUCACCAACUACGAGAACACGUCGGUUGGUGCCGAGGACCUCUGCGGCCGCUACGUGUCGCAGCUCGGCUUCAAGAACCAGCAGAAGAUCUCCAAGAUCUCGCGCGCCCUGGCCGAAAAGGCCAACGACAUCUCUGCCCUGGCCGGCCGAUCGCCGCUCUCCGUCGCGGCCGCGUGCAUCUACAUGGCCUGCCACCUUGUGGGGGAGCCGCGGUCGUCGACGCCCAUUGCCAAGCAGGCCGGCGUCAGCGACGGCACGGUCAAGACGGCUUACAAGCAUUUGUUCGCCGCGCGCGACCAGCUGAUCGAGAAGGAGUGGCUCGACGAAGGCAUGAGCAUGGACAAUAUCCCACAGGUGCAGGCUUGA